GCGGCGCCGCCCGCGGGGCGGGAUCGGAGCGCGACCGCGCAGCUGGCCGGCCCUGGGAGGAAACGAAAGUGAGGGAGGAGGAGGAGGUUGCAGGGCCAGGCCAGGCCCGGCGGCGACAGUGGCGGCCUGAGCCCCUCGUCUCCGCUCGCCGGCAGCUCGCCCCAUCCCCUCAGCUAACAAUGAAGAGGAGAACUGACCCAGAAUGCACUGCCCCCCUCAAGAAACAGAAGCGAAUUGGGGAAUUUGCCCGGCACCUCAGCUCCACAUCUGAUGAUGAACCUCUCUCCUCUGUCAAUCAUGCAGCAAAAGCAUCUUCUACAAGCCUUAGUGGAUCUGACAGUGAGACCGAGGGGAAGCAGCCCUGCUCUGAUAGUUUCAAAGAUGCCUUCAAAGUGGAUUCCCUGGUGGAGGGGACGUCUUCUCGCUAUUCCAUGUACAAUAGUGUUUCUCAGAAACUUAUGGCCAAGAUGGGCUUCAGGGAAGGGGAAGGAUUAGGUAAAUACAGCCAGGGUCGGAAGGACAUCGUGGAGACCUCCAAUCAGAAAGGCCGACGUGGUUUGGGUCUGACACUGCAGGGCUUUGAUCGGGAGCUGAAUGUGAAUUGGCGGGAUGAGCCAGAGCCCAGUGCCUGUGAGCAGGUGUCGUGGUUUCCAGAAUGUACUACUGAAAUUCCUGACUCUCGGGAAAUGAGUGACUGGAUGGUUGUGGGAAAGAGAAAGAUGGUUAUUGAAGAUGAAACAGAGUUCUGUGGGGAAGAACUGCUUCACAAUGUGCUGAAAUGUAAGAGUGUGUUUGACAUCCUGGAUGGGGAGGAGAUGAGGCGAGCCCGCACCAGAGCCAAUCCCUAUGAGAUGAUCCGAGGAGUCUUCUUCCUUAACAGGGCAGCAAUGAAGAUGGCUAACAUGGAUUUUGUGUUUGAUCGCAUGUUCACAAACCCCCUGGACUCUCGUGGGAAGCCACUGGUGAAGGACCGGGACAUUGACCUUCUGUACUUUGCUGAUGUCUGCGCAGGCCCAGGUGGCUUCUCCGAGUACGUGCUGUGGAGGAAGAAGUGGCAUGCCAAAGGCUUUGGGAUGACUCUGAAGGGCCCUAACGACUUCAAACUGGAGGACUUCUACUCGGCCUCCAGCGAGCUCUUCGAGCCUUACUACGGUGAGGGCGGAGUCGAUGGAGACGGAGAUAUCACCCGCCCAGAAAACAUCAAUGCAUUUCGGAAUUUUGUCCUGGACAACACAGAUCGCAAGGGUGUCCACUUUCUCAUGGCAGAUGGGGGGUUCUCUGUGGAGGGGCAGGAAAACCUGCAGGAGAUCCUCAGCAAGCAGCUGCUGCUCUGUCAGUUCCUGAUGGCGCUGUCUGUUGUCCGCACAGGGGGCCACUUCAUCUGCAAAACCUUUGACCUCUUCACACCCUUCAGUGUGGGGCUCAUCUACCUGCUGUACUGCUGCUUUGAACGAGUGUGUCUCUUCAAGCCCAUCACCAGCCGGCCUGCCAACUCAGAGCGGUAUGUGGUGUGCAAAGGUCUGAAGGUGGGUAUAGACGACGUGCGGGAGUACCUCUUCUCUGUGAAUAUUAAGCUCAAUCAGCUGAGAAACACUGAGUCGGAUGUCAACCUGGUAGUUCCCUUGACGGUGAUCAAAGGAGACCAUGAAUUCAGUGACUACAUGAUACGGUCUAAUGAGAGCCACUGCAGCCUGCAGAUCAAAGCUCUGGCCAAAAUCCAUGCCUUUGUACAAGACACCACCCUGAGUGAGCCUAGGCAGGCAGAGAUCCGGAAAGAAUGUCUGCGACUGUGGGAGAUACCAGACCGGGCUCGAGUUGCUCCUUCUUCUUCAGACCCAAAAUUCAAGUUUUUUGAGCUAAUCAAGGACACUGACAUCAACAUCUUCAGCUACAAGCCCACGAUGCUCACUGCCAAAACCCUGGAGAAGAUCCGUCCUGUGUUGGACUAUCGUUGUAUGGUGUCUGGCAGCGAGCAGAAAUUCCUCCUGGGUCUGGGGAAGUCCCAGAUCUACACAUGGGAUGGCCGCCAGUCUGACCGCUGGGUAAAGCUGGACCUGAAGACAGAGCUGCCCCGGGACACACUGCUCUGUGUGGAAAUUGUGCAUGAGCUCAAAGGGGAGGGGAAGGCCCAGCGGAAGAUCAGUGCGAUCCAUAUCCUCGAUGUUCUGGUGCUGAAUGGCAGCGAUGUCAGGGAGCAGCACUUCAACCAGAGAAUUCAGCUUGCUGAGAAAUUUGUGAAAGCAGUUUCCAAGCCCAGUCGACCUGACAUGAAUCCUAUCAGGGUAAAGGAGGUGUACAGGCUGGAGGAGAUGGAGAAGAUCUUUGUCAGGUUGGAAAUGAAACUCAUCAAGGGCUCUGGGGGCACCCCAAAGCUCAGCUACACAGGACGGGACGACCGGCACUUUGUGCCUACAGGCCUCUACAUUGUCAGGACUAUGAACGAGCCAUGGACCAUGGCCUUAAGCAAGAGCUUCAAAAAGAAGUUCUUCUACAACAAGAAAACCCAGAGCUCUACGUUUGAACUCCCUGCAGAUUCCAUUGCCCCAUUUCAUACCUGCUACUACAGCCGGCUCUUCUGGGAGUGGGGAGAUGGCUUCCAUAUGCGUGACUCCCAGAAGCCUCAGGAUCCAGACAAGCUGUCCAAGGAGGACGUCCUUUCUUUCAUCCAGAGUCACAAUCCUGGAGGAUCUUAGGAUCUCCACCUCAUGAAUGUCCUGCCAUUCUCAAGGCAGGGCCCUGUGUCUGGUUCCUUCUGCCUCUUGGAAAGGAACUGGGAAUGCUCUCCCUGGUCUUGAGGGAGAUGGGCUCCUCUCCAUUCCCAAGUAGCUCAAUCAGGGUCUUUAGAGGACAUAUCCUUGUGGAACUCUGCUACCUGAGAACUGACACCAUCAGGAGUCAGCCUGAAAGCAGCUGCUUGGGGCAGGUCAGUGCCCAGCCAUUCCCUCUGGAAUUUGUAGACUCUGUUUUCUGAGUUCCAUUCUCUGCCUCUGAGGGCAGUCAGGCCGUCUUUCCCAACUUUUACCAGGCCAGCUAAGCAAGGAGGCCCACCAUCGUGCGCUGGCCACGAGCGGCUGUCAUACAAAUCAAGAGUUUUAGUUCUCUCUCCCACUCCAUCCUGGAGUUCAUCCUGGCAGACUGGGAAGGAGUGAGGGCCCAGCCAGCACCCCUGACACACCGGAGUCUGGGGUCCUGGGUGUGACUGUGACUGUCUCUUGAGGUGUAGGGCUCUCAUGGGUCUGCCUGUUGUGUUCUAAAUACUGGGCAGCCUUGAAGACCUGCCCUUUCUCUCCCUCAGCAGUAACAGAAGAUACCCCCUCCAGGGUAGGUGUAGCACCAGCCCUCAGGCAGUUCAGGCCACCUGAAGAAGCUCUUGGCAGAGCCUUGAGCUAGUGGUAGCUCUGGUGCCCCCUCCUCUCCACUAAGAGGUACAUACAAUGUAGUCACUCCAUUUCCUCUGUCUCUUUAAGAGGGAGGAAGGGCAGCAGCUUUGGGUUUGGGGAGGGUACCUGUGGUUGUUUUUAAUGGGAGGUACCUUUCAAGAGAUGUUCACACAGGUCCCGAGGGCCCCAUGCCAGCACCAGGCUGGUUUCCAUGGAGAUAGGGCAUCGAGGCACCUGUGAGGUUGGAAUUGACUCCAAUUGGAGGUCCCUUCUGCCAGCCCCUACCCCUAAGCCAGCAGCAACAGUGCUAGGAUGCCAUAUUUCCACCCUGUUCUGGGCCUAUCAGUGUCUUGCAGAAUCUUGGAUCAUUAAACAUAUUUUUAUUGCUUGUG